AUGCACACAACGCCCACCGCCCUCCUCCUCACCCUCCUCCCCCUCGCUAGCGCCCACUUCCAUCUCCAUUUCCCCGCCGCCCGUGGCGACGACGAUACUAACCAGGCCACUUUCCCUUGCGGCGGAUAUGACACCGUCGGCGUGCGCACCCCCGUCUCCCUUUCCGCCGGAAUCCCGCUGUCCAUGGAGCUCGGCCACACCGAGAAUCUCAUCAGCGUAUUCCUAGCCGUUGGCAACGAGCCCGGCGAGGCCUUCAACGUCGAGCUGUUGCCCACCAUCGAGGAAAUGGGUCCCGGCGACUUUUGCUGGCAGGCUGUUCCUCUGCCGGCCAACCUGACUCUGGAGGAAGGCACGAACGCCACUGUGCAGGUCAUCACCAACGCUCAUGAUGGGGGUGGGUUGUACAACUGCGCAGACAUCACCUUCUCCGCCGAGGCCGAAUCCCCAGAGAGCUGCACGAACGGCACGGGCAUCACCGCCGAGUUCCUGACAGGCGACGACUACGUGAUGGCCAACGCCUCCGCCAGCCACGGCGACCACGGCUCCGAGGGCGCGGAGUCGAGCUCUUCGGCGUCGGGCACCGCAUCCAGCACGGCGGCCGAGGCCAGCGCCACCGAGUCGUCGGGUGCGGGCAUGCUUGUUGCCGCCGGCUGGUCCGUCCUGGGCGCUGGUUUUCUGGGUGCUGUUGCUAUGAUGUGA